AUGCGCAGUGGUGAUAAACUACAAGAGGAAGAUAACGACUUAGCGACCAAGUCGCUCGCCGACUAUCAUUCCAACAGAUCCCUUGCCAUUAAAGUCACCAAGUCCAAUCUUGGAUUGGGAUUGUACAAGCUCAAAGCAUUGUCAACGAAUGUUCAUGCCAAUCGGGAGGCCACAAAGAAGCUUAUCAUCGGGUCGUUAUCAGGCUCAUACGAUAUGGAUGGGCAAGUCAAUUGGAAAUGGGACGCCAAUACACAGGGUUGGGUAGCCGAAACACCUCCAGAACAUCCUUUGGAGUCGGUUGCUGAAGAAGUGAUAGCUGGUUACAUUUUCGAUGUUAUUUCGUCAAUGAAAGCGGUAGAAGAAGUGAUAUGGAAGCCAGAACGCAAGGAUAGCGAACAGACGCACAAACUUGUAAUGGAUGCGCUGAAAACGUUACCGAAUCUACGCCACAUCGAUGUGUCCGUUACAUGGCUGAGGACACCUCUAGAUCUUGACUCCGUGACAUCACUGCAAGAGAUAAUAAUGCAUGAAAUUUCAGAAACCCUCCAGGUGGACAUGUUCGAAGGCCUGGCGAAAGCUGUGGCCCAGAACCCCCAACUUCACUUAAUUGACAUCAGGAAUGCAGGGUUCUACCGUCGCAAUAUCGACGAAUUCCAAUGUUUGCAUCAGGUAUUCAAAUACUACCCAAGGGAAGCACCACCUCUACGUCUUCGUGACCUUCGGAUGUUUGAAUGUCGCUUCCGAUUGGAUGAUAUCACUAUUCCACAUCUACAACAUCUUACUUCUCUCCAACUCUUAUGCGUCGAAGAGCAUUGCACUUUACCGAGUCAGCCAGCCAGCCAGUCGGGCGCCAAUCUGGAUCGCGACCUUGUUUUGCAAGGCAAGGAUUCUUUUUGUUCCAAUCUGGAGGAUGUCUGGACAGCUUUCCGUAGUAUCGGCGUGCAGCUGGAAAAUAUUUCCAUCGACAUGGUACCAAGUUCCUUCCUCGACUAUCUUGCCUCUUAUUCAGGGUUGAAGAAACUCAAUAUCGACCUGCAUAAAUUGCGUAAUUCUGAGUUGUCGGACUCCAUGGCUGCAAAAUUCUACGACAAAUCCAUCAUUGGCCAUACAAAUACUUUGGAAGAACUUAUUCUGAGCACAUCGUAUGAAGGGCUCUGGUGUAUCGGUCCUCACAACUUUAAAACCUUGGCGCAAUGCAAGAACAUGGAGCGCUUAUGUAUAGGUGUUAACCUCUCGCAACUGCCUCUACCUUCAGACCGUAACGGAGACUACAAAACGGCCGCACGAUCGGAUAUCGAGCACAAUCUGAUAAAGCGUCCGUCAUGGAUUGCUGCUCUGCCAGGCCAUGUGAAGUGCAUUCGGUACAAGGUCCGCCAAGUUCUCGAGUCGCCUCCGCGACGAUCUUAA